GGCCUGAGAAAUUUUCGGAUGAGCUCGCACACUAAACCUGCGAAACUCACUGAGAAACGACACCACCUCAUCUCAUCGCCUACACCACCCAUCAGGCCUCUUCCACUAGCAAGUGCCACUAUCAGCAUCACCACCAGUACCACCAGCACAACCAGCACAACCAGCUAGAACCACCAUCCUUCACACAGUCUCGUUGCAUCAUGGCCAAGAGAAGAACCAAAACUAGAACCCACGCCAAAGUCAGCGAAGAAGAGCUUGCCAAGAUCCCCAGAUCCAUGGUGCUCCGCUUGGGCAGCUCGCUCCGCAACCACUCGCUCAGUCAAUUGGUCAAGGACUUCAGAAACGUCAUGCAGCCUCACACCGCCAUCAACUUGAGAGAGCGCAAAUCCAACAAGCUCAAGGACUUCAUCGUGAUGGCCGGACCUUUGGGAGUAAGCGACUUGUUCAUCUUCAACCAGAGUGAGGACACCGGUAACAUCUCGUUGAGAAUGGGCAAGAUGCCCCGUGGGCCCACCUUGCAGUUCAAAGUCAACACCUACUCGUUGAUCAAAGACGUCAGAAACAUCUUGAAGCACCCCAAGUCGGUGGGAAAGGACUCCAAGGAGUUCUUGGCCCCUCCGUUGUUGGUGUUGAACGGGUUCUCCUCCAAGAUGAACGAAAUAGACAACCACGAAAAGUUAAUGAUCACGGUGUUCCAGAACAUAUUCCCUCCUAUCCAGCCCCAGCUGACCAAGGUCUCUUCCAUCAAGAGAGUGUUGAUGAUCAACAAGGACCCCGUUACCGGCAACCUCGACUUGCGCCACUACGCCAUCAACACCAAGCUUGUUGAAGAAAGCAGAAAUGUCAAGAAGUUGAUCCAGAACAAGAGAUUACCCAACAUGGCCAAGAAUACCGACAUCUCAGACUUAUUAUUGGACCCAUACUCGGUCGGUGGCAUCACCUCCGACUCCGAAGUCGAAGACGACGAAGGAAUUGUGGACGUCCAAAACGAAACUGCAUCAGUCAGCAAAUCCGAAGAAACCUCUUCCGUUAGAAAGAGAGCCAUCAAAUUAACUGAAUUGGGUCCUAGAUUGAACUUGACCUUGGUCAAGAUCGAAGAAGGUUUGACAGGUUCCUCUAAAACCCUUUACCACGCCAACAUCAAGAAGUCUGAAUUAGAACAAAAGGCAUUGGAAAAGAAGCACGCUCAAAGAAAGAAAUUGAGAGAAGAAAGAAGAUCCAAGCAACAAGAAAACUUGAAAGCAAAGAAUGCUGUUAAGGAAGAAAAGAAGGCCAGAAGAAAGGCAAGACAGGAAGGAAAGGUUGAAGGUGAGCAAGAAGAAGACGAACAAGAUGCAUCCGACAGCGAUGGUCCCGAAAUGGACCCUGCCGAUUACGAGAAUGAUAGCGAUCUUUAUAGUGACAUUGAAAAGUAGGUAUGCUAAACUUAAUAAAUAGCAACAGACGUUAAACUUCCAUAGUCCAGCGCUUAGAAAUAU